AUGUGUGGAAUAGAUUCGUGCGGAGAAAUGAGGACUUUUAUUGAUACAUGUGACAUGCACGAGUUUAACUGCGACAGUAAAAAAGAUUUUAAACAACGCCCAAUCCACGAAUGCUGGGUAACAUGUAAAAGAGGACGAUCGUUUAAGAAGCCAGAGUACCGUACUGACUGCAACCUUAACAUUAAAGCUAAUAGAAUGUAA